GUGUGAGAGAGCCAGUUCUAGAUCCCACCUGGGCUCCGGGAAUGGCCUUUUCUCCCCUCGCCCCCGCGCCGGGUUUUACGCCGGGUUUUUACCGUCCUUUUCCCAGACGCGGCUGACACAGUUUCCGUCGCAACCACGUGGAUUCCCGUAGGGCCGAGCCGGGCCGGGCUUUACCAGAAGCGCCGGUCGCCUCUCCGGCCGUGAGAUGAGGGCUGACGGGGACAGACACAGGACAAGGCAGCACCGACAGCAAUGGCACACGACUCGGACAGCAGCGAACCGGGUUACAGCGGAAACCGGCCCGCCGCGGGCAAACAGGGAAACUUGGAGCAGUCAAAGAAAGUGAUGAGGAGGGAGAAGAACCGGCUGGCUGCCAAGAAGAGCCGGCACAGGCAGACCCAGAGAGCAGACACUCUGCACCAGGAGAGCGAUGACCUGGAGCGGGAGAACGUGGCUCUGCGGAAGGAGAUAGCACGUCUGAACGCGGAGCUGAGAUACUUCAGCGCGCUGCUUAAGAGCCAUGAGAGCUGUUGCCCGGCGCUGGGCCCUGCGGGCGAGGAGCUGGGCUACGGCUUGGCAUCGGGGCACAGCAGCGGCGGCGGCAACACGGCACGGUUUCACCUCUGAGGGGGCAGGAGCACGAGCACGAGCACGAGCACGAGUACGGCACCCAGGCACAUCAUCCCUCCACACCCGUGUAUCACCCUCUGCAGGCUGCAGGCUGCGGGCUGCCUCAGGCCACCCCAUAACUAUUUACUCCAGCAGGAGCAGAAGACUGAAGAAGGGCCCAGACCCACACCGACACCUAUCCAUGUUCUCCACAGGUGCUGCCUUACCCGCUGAGUUACUCCAGCACUCUGUGUCUCUUUGACUGAAAUGUAACUGUGACGGACUUAAAGCUGAAUUAAAGCUGGAGGGUUACUGCACC